AGUUAGCAACACACAUUCACACUAUCUCACUUUGUGCAACUUCUAAAAUUGAGAAGUUUGAGAAGUUGGGAGAUUGAAUUAGAGAAUCAAUAUAGCACCUGGUCAUCAGCUGGUAUGGUUGUAACUCAGAAAUAUUGUUAAACGCGGUGCAUGGUCUUGGAUUUUAGAUAGUCAUAUCCCUCGUGAUGGCCAUUGCUGCAGUUAUCGGACUCUAUGCAGGAAAUAGAAUCUUAAGCUCGUCCUUCUAUUAUUCUGAUCUUACUGAAAAGUUAGCUUGUAGCGGUGGUGAUCAUGUUUUGAUCUGCAAUCAUACGAGGAAUGUGAUCAAUGCUAAGAAGUCAUCCAAUUAUAGCCCCGGUUAUGUUUCCAAUCGAAAAAAACAAUCUGUCAAGGCUGUCAAAGAGCAUGUAGACAUUGCAUCUAAUCAUUCCAAUAUGGAGCCAUGGGUUCAAAUGUUCAAAAAGUUGCAGAAUGAAAGCUGUAGUGAAGAAGAUUCGGUGGAGGUUCUUCUUCUGUUGCAGAAAUCCAUGCUUGAAAAACAAUGGAAUCUUUCAGCUGAGAAGACAUUGGCAGCUUUCCCACCAAAUGAAAAGAACUGUAAAAAGACGAUACAGAUCACUUGUUCGGGGACAUCUGCUAGGCGGAGGAGAAUGGAUACUCGUAAAAGAGUUCAAAUUCCAAAAACUUCAGCCGCAGCAAAUUCUGCAAGCAAGCGACUGAGAUCUGUUGUCGGUCCAGAGCUACAACAAAACCGUUUAAAAGGUUACAUGAAUGGUGUUGUAAACCAAGAACUGCUUACACAUAAGGAAGUGGUGCAACUAUCCAAAAAAAUCAAAUUUGAUCUUUAUUUAGAAGAACAGAAGGCCAGGCUGAAGGAAAGAUUGGGAUGUGAACCUUCUGACGACCAAUUUGCGGUUUCCUUGAAGAUGUCUCUUGCUGAUUUACGAUCUACAUUAAUUGAGUGUUCCUUGGCUAGAGAAAAACUUGCAAUGAGCAAUGUUCGUCUCGUCAUGUCAAUUGCACAAAGAUAUGAUAGCAUGGGUACUGAAAUGGCUGACCUCAUUCAGGGGGGCCUUAUUGGACUACUUCGCGGGAUAGAGAAAUUUGAUCACUCAAGAGGAUUCAAAAUCUCAACUUAUGUUUAUUGGUGGAUUCGUCAGGGCGUCACCCGAGCAUUAGUUGAUAACUCAAGAACCUUAAGAUUGCCCAUACAUCUACAUGAAAGACUGAGCUUAAUCCGGAAUGCAAAAAUCAAGCUUAAAGAUAAUGGAAUAACUCCAUCAAUCGAAAAAAUAGCUGAAUGCCUUAACAUGUCACAGAAGAAAGUCAGGAAUGCAACUGAGGCAAGCAGCAAGGUGUUUUCACUUGAUAGGGAAGCAUUUCCCUCUUUAAAUGGCCUUCCUGGAGCAACACUUCAUAGCUACAUUGCUGAUAAUCGCCUGGAGAACAACCCGUGGCAUGGAGUUGAUGGAUGGGCGCUCAAGGAUGAAGUAAACAACCUCAUUUCUUCAACUCUUAGGGAACGCGAGAGAGAGAUUAUCCGACUGUACUAUGGUCUGGACAAUGAAUGCCUUACCUGGGAGGAUAUUAGUAGAAGGAUAGGUUUGUCCAGAGAAAGGGUGAGGCAGGUUGGAUUAGUUGCACUUGAGAAAUUAAAGCAUGCUGCCAGGAAAAGGCGAUUAGACGCAAUGUUGGUUAAACAUUGAGUACGAUUGUUGAGACCAAACUACAAAUGAACUGUACAUAGAAUGUAAGGGAACCUACAUCUCCUAUUUAUUUUCUUGAUGAGGAGAACAGAUGAAGAUCAAAGGGACAUUAUUCAUCAUCCACUUCCCUGCUCCCCUCCCAAGCCUCCAAAUUCGUCCGAGAAGAGUCAGAAAGAUGUAGUGAAGAUUUUGGUGCAUCAUAUAUUUUAGGCUGUAUCUGUGUUUAUUGAGAUAGGAGGUAGGUAAAUGCAAAUACUGUAGAUAUGUUCUUUGUGUGGACUUUUUUCAUACACUUGAUGUGAUAAUGUCCAUUUUAUAUGAUGUAUCUUGAUGAAAAGCACAGUUUCCAAAAUGUUAAUCUGACUGUGUACAUAAUUUUAGCGGUCGUAGAAGAAAAUGUUAAAAUAAUAUUGUCAAA